AUGGUUUGGGGAUAUCAUGCUGCGGAGCCUAAUUCCUACCUCGUCAUCACUGGCGCAGGUGUCAAAGGACUGAAGCUCACCAAGAAGGCCAUGGUCUGGCCUUUCCAAAAAGUCACCAAAAUCUCGGUCACUCCUUUCCAUUUCACGACCGACUUGCAGGCCAUGACAUCGGAGAAGCUUCAAGUCUGCUUACCAGCAGUCUUCACGAUCGGUCCAAAGGAUGAUGAAGAAUCCCUUAUGAAGUACGCUGGUUUGAUGACUGACGGCAGUUCCGACACCCUGGUCCCUAACCGCGAGCAUAUCCAAGCCAUCAUCAUGGGUAUUGUCGAAGGUGAAACACGUUCGAUCGUCUCUGAGAUCACCAUGGGCGAGCUUUUCCAGCAACGCGGCAUCUACAGAAGAAGAGUCGUCGAGCACGUUCAGUCAGAACUUACCCAGUUCGGUCUUCACAUCUACAACGCCAGUAUCAAAGAACUUCGCGAUAUGCCUGGAUCGCACUACUUUGAGUUCCAGUCAAAGAAGGCUCAUGAAGGUGCAAUGAACCAGGCCAAGACGGAUGUAGCAGCAGCUCGUAUGCAGGGUGAUGUCGGAGAAGCUAGAAACGUAGGAACGACAAAGCAAGAGAUUGCCAAGAUCAACGCCUACACAGCCGUCCAGGAGACUGAGCGUAAGAUCGAAAAGGCAAAGGCAGACUCGAAGUUCAAGUCUCAAGAGAUCGAGAUCGAGAGACAGCUGAACAUUGAGCGCAUCCAAGCCGAGCGCGCUGCUGAACUCAGAGACGCUGAUCUCCAGAAAGGCGUUCAAGAGAGCAAAGCUUUGAUGGAGCUUGAGCGUAUGAGAGCCACUCACGUCACAAAGGCCAAAGUCGCAAAGGAGUCCGCAGCACAGGAUGCCGAUGCGCAGCUGUACAAGGCUCGUCAAGCCGCCGAAGCCAACGCUUUCCAACAGUCCAAGACCGCCGAUCUCGAAUUGUACACUAUCCAGAAGCAAGCCGACGCCCUCUACGUCCGCCACGAACGCGAAGCAGCCGGAAUAAUCCAGCUCGCCACCGCCUACGAAAAACUCUCCUCCGUCCUCGGCGGCCCAGCCGGCGUACGCGACUGGAUGAUGCUCCAAAGCAACAUUCCCGUCCAACUCGCAAAGGCCAAUGCCGAAGCCAUCAGAGGACUUCAGCCAAAAAUCAACGUCUGGACUACUGGAGCCCAGGAUGGCAGUGCUGCAGACUCUUUUGCUCCGAUUAGGAAUAUCAUGCAGAGUUUGCCUCCGCUGUUCUCGACAAUUCAGGAUCAGACUGGUAUGCUGCCGCCGGCUUGGAUGGCGCAGAUGCCUAAUGGUGCUGGUGGGCAGGCACGUAAUGACUCUGUUCACGGGUCGCCACUUGCUGUUGAAAAGCGCAAGGGGAUCAACGGCUCUUAG